AUGCUAACAACACUCAGCGUGAGGACAUAUCACAUUCCCACAGGCCAUUUACUUCUAGAGCACAAUUACCCCAGGGGUAAAUCUGCCCGUGUGGCUGUCGACAUUAAUGCCGUUCUGGACUCGGUGACUUCCGAGGAAUUGCGGGUCGGGUCCUGGGUGCAUGUCCUUGGAUAUGUUAGGAGGUACAUUAAUGAAUCCAAUGCGCCGUUCGCAGCGAAGAUCGCCGGUCCGGUGUAUGUGGAUGCUGUAGUGGUUUUCUCCGCCGGGGCGAUUGUUCUCGGUGACUAUGAGAGGAUCUUACGGGAUGCGCAGGAGGUCGACCGGAGAGUUGCUCGGCCAGCAUGA